UCUUAUGACAUCACCGAAAUCAAAACGAGGUUUAGUUCGCGAAAAGUUGUCAAAACAAUUUAUUUUUUAUUUUCUUGAUGUUUAUGGUCUAUAGAGCAUUAGAAUGUAUCUCAUGUCCAUUCUACCUACAUAAUAUAUUUCAGCCAUUGACUUGAACAAGAUUUGAAAGAUGUCAAGUUCUGGAAGCCCAGACCCAUCUUUGUUAGAUGAGAAUGUGAAGCCAGGAGAGUAUGUUCUUCAGACAUUGUUCCUCGAGUUUUGUAACCUCUCGGAGAAGAAGAUAGAGCUUGUACUUGCAGAACCAUUGGAGAAAUUAUUGACAAAAUCCUUACAAAAGGGAGAUGAUCAACAGUUUGAUCAGUUGCUGAAUGCUUUGGGUAAUGUGGCCGAGCAGAGUUUACCAUCGUUGUUGCAAAGUCUGUUCCGAUGGUAUGAACGUCAGUUGAUGCUGGAUGAAGGUGGGCAUGCAGAGCCAAGACUGAGACACAGAAGUAAAGGGAGUAAAGAUUACCUAUGUGAGAGAAGAGAUCUGGCUGUUGAGUUUGUAUAUUGUUUGGUUCUGGUAGAAGUUUUAACAAAGUUGUCCUACCAUCCUGGACAUGAUGAUUUGGUGGGAAAGAUUAUCAGUCAGGCUUUCAAACAUUUCAAGUAUAAAGAUGGUUUCAGUGACACAGACAAAAGAUUACAGACCAAUCCAAAUGCUGCCAAUAUCAACAUAAUAGCUGACCUGUAUGCUGAAGUUAUAGGUGUUCUAGCAUUGUCAAGGUUUGCACCGGUACGGAAGACAUUUUUGCUGGAGUUAAGAGAGUUGAAGCUAAGAGAUCAGACUCCGUACACAGCACAGAGCAUCAUCAGUCUACUUAUGGGUCUCAAGUUCUUCAGGGUCAAGAUGCACCCAAUAGAAGACUUUGAGCAGUGUGUACAGUUUCUUCAUGAGCUUGGUCACUACUUUCUAGAUGUCAAGGACAGAGAUAUCAAACAUGCCCUGGCCAGUUUAUUUGUAGAAAUUCUUCUACCAGUUGCUUCAACUGCUAAACAUGAGGUGAAUGUACCAGUUCUGAAGAAUCUGGUGGAGAUGAUGUAUACACCAUGUGUAGAUCUUACAAUGAAGAGAAAACAUUCACAGUCGAUGUUUCCACUGGUAACCUGCAUGUUGUGUGUGAGCCAGAAACCAUUUUUUCUGAACAACUGGCCGUAUUUUCUCACAAAUUGUCUCUCUCAACUGAAGAACAGGGACCCAAAGUUGUCAAGGGUAGCUCUUGAAUCUCUGUCCAGACUUGUUUGGGUGUACAUGGUGAGGAUAAAAUGUGAGAGUAACCAGGUAACGACCAGUAGACUACAGAGUGUCAUCAGCAGCUUGUUCCCCAAGGGCCAGAAAGUGGUCACACCUAAAGAUAUGCCACUCAACAUCUUUGUGAAAAUUAUACAGUUCAUAGCUACCGAGCGUUUAGAUUUUGCCAUGAAAGAGAUUAUAUUUGACUUGUUGAGUGUUGGAAAGAAGUCCAAUUUUCUCACUCCAGAGAGAAUGAGUAUAGGCCUGAGAGCUUUCCUGGUAGUUGCAGACAGUCUGCAGCAGUGUGAUGGUGACCCACCAAUGCCACAAUCCAAUACUGUGUACCCUUCUGGAGCCACUGUACGUGUCAAGAAAACCUUCCUGAACAAGAUGUUAACAGAAGAUAUGGCGAAACAUAUCGGGUUGUCCCAGUAUGUUCCAUAUCUGCUGAAGACAUUUGACUCGAUGUUACGAACUUUGGAUUUGAAUGUUGGUCGACCUUUGUUGCUUACAAAACCUGAAAAUGUUAACAAGGAGCCAGAGGAAGUAAUUACAGGGGAAAAGAAACCCAAGAUGGAUCUGUUUCGUACAUGUAUAGCUGCCAUACCCAGGUUGAUCCCAGACGGUCUCAGCAAGUCUGAGCUGGUGGAAUUGGUGACAAGACUUACUGUACACUUUGAUGAAGAACUCAGAGGAUUGGCAUUUCAAGCCUUACAGAAUCUCAUGCAGGAAUCUGACGUGUGGAAAGAACAUGUGGUCAGAGGUUUUGUGCAGUUUAUACAGAAGGAAAUUAGUGACACCAAUAUACAGCAGAGUCAGCAGCUGGACAGUGCCCUACGUCUGUUGAUGCAGCUUAUAUCCAAAUACAAUAUCCAGAAGUAUGUUGGUAUAUCAGGGAGCUUGCUAGCCUUGCAUGAAGUUGAAGGUCUCGCCCUUGUGAUGUUGUGUAAUCAUCGAGUUGUCACAAGAAAGCUUGCGGCUCAUCUACUGAAGGAAGUGAAGCAGAUUUUCUCCUCUGUGCCUGCUCUCUCUUCAGAACAUGUUGUGUGUACAAGCCUGUUGGAGGCCAUGGAUCAGGCCUGUCCUGCUGUAAUAGAGAGAUUACUUCCAUCUCUGGUGCCAUCUGAAAGGACGUUUAUCCUGAACUGUUCAAGUGUUGACCUUCAGUGGUUACUAGAGAGGUCAGCCACUGUUUGGAGCAGUUCCCAUGAUGACAAGGAGGAGCCUCGGUCUGAGUCCAAUUUCUCAAAGGUUGAUCCAUGGAUGCAGUGUAUUGCCAUGUUUGUCUCCAAGGACUUUGCAAUGACCAGUUGUCAGCUUGCAAUAGCUCAUGCCUGGCCUAUAGUAUAUACCAGACUCAAUGCUUUGUAUACAUUGUUAGACCCUGGUAACAUGAUCAACGAGAAUCGGGCAUCGUCAUUUAUCCGGUCAGGAAGUAAGAAGGCACCUACAGAGAAAGAUCAUCAUAUGCAGCUGUGGCAGAAUUAUGUCAUCUUGGCGUGUAGUGUGGCACAGAAUACACCUAUCACAGAUAUUGUAAAUAGGAUUGUCCUUCCUGAACCAAGCACAUUAACUGAAGAGAAGGCAGACAAGAACUCCAAUGUUUGCAGCAUGUUUAAACAGCUGGUUCCUCUGAUCAGAUGUGAGAGCGCCGACAUGAGGGAUACCAUCGUAAAUGGUCUCGGAUAUACAAAUCCUGUAGUGUUCAAGGAGUUAAUGGAAGAGUUAGUUCCCUUGUUGAAAGAAGCUAUAGAACGUAAGGCAGAGAACAUCAAGAGGCGAAGAAAGCGUGAUGUGUUCCGUGUUCAGCUGGCACACAUAUUUGAACUGAUGGCAGAGCAUAAAACAUUUGCACAAAGUGAGUCAGCAGUAAUAGAUGACAACCAUUGUUUGACAAAACCAUUUGUGGAGUAUAUAGAUGGUGCUAGGAUCUACCUGGAAGGAGAGAGUGAUCGUGACUUGCCCACAUUACAAGAUAUACGACUGCAUUUCAGCAAGUUUGUUAGGCAUCUCAUCUGUAACACACCAGUUGAGUACAAGCCAUCUUUACUGACACGAGAGUUGAGAUACAGUCUGUUUGAUUUGUUUGCAAGUUGGAGUGGAAAGUUCAGUCAUACAUCUAGUGCAAUAGACAGAAGGUUAACAAAAGAUGACGGUUGUACGGAGCUUGAACUGGCAGCUGUUAGGGCCAUGUCAGCAGUUGUGUGCUGUGGUCCCGUGUUUGACACCAAUGGAAUUAACGAUGAUGGAUACAUAUACCACUGGUUGGAUACAUUACUCAGCUCUCAUGAUGACAGAGAUAGAACUUUGCGAUCCAAGAUCUAUGAGUUAGCAAAAGAAACAGUUGUUCUGUUGCUGGAUUUUAACUCUGACAACCAGGGCUUGCUGGAUUGGGUGAUUGACAGAUGUUAUACGGGAACUAAUGAAGUCUCUGACGGAUGCUUUAAUGCUUUGGCUGCUGUUUUCCAAGCAAGAGAGUAUCCCUGUGAUCAUGUAGCCAUGUUGAAUCUUGCCAUUCUAAAUGUUGGAAACCCACGAAUGCCAACACAUGAGACCGCCGUGCAAUUACUUCACCUGCUGGACCGGCGUUUCUUCCAGGAGGAGUCGGUCCUCCGUGACAACAGUGAGCAGCACCAGCCCCUGAAUGAUGUGUUUCUGUCAGUAUCUUACUGCAAAUCUCAGAUGUUUAUGUCUGACCAGUUGGCCAGACUUCACCCGGAUCUCACCAUGCCUAUAUUUUCAGAGAUAACCCACAGAUUUCAGACUGCUAAACCAGCUGUGAGGCAGACAUUACUGAAAUACUUGUUGCCAUGGUUACAUAAUAUGGAACUAGUUGACCCUUCCCUGCCACAAAGUAACCCACUGAGUACAUUCUUGGUCCGUCUCCAUGACAACUACACAGAAACUUUCAAGCCUCCAUUGAAAGGAGAGGGCUGGGGCUCUCAGGAGGCUACAAAGAUGGUGCUCAACAAUCUCUUCUAUAUUACUGUUAAAUUUGGAGAUGAUCAUCCCCAGGAGUUGGAAGCACUGUGGGCAGCGUUAGUUCUCUGCUGGCCAAACAAUAUACGUGUUGUAAUGCAUUACCUUGUCAUACUGAUAAACAUGGCAGCUACUGAGCUUCUGUCACACGCAAAGCGAGUGGUUGGUUACAUAGGACGUGCACGCCCAGAGCGACUCGUUGAUGAACUUAUGGCUGAAUUACAAACUGUUGAGACAUUAAAUUUGAACAUUGAAAGAACCCAGACACCACCGUUCUUCCGUCUGUCUGUUAUCAGAAGACCAACAAUUGUACCAAACACAACAGACGAUGAGAAAUUGGAGAGCCAUGUGGCCAAUUUGGCACUAGAGAAGGGGACUUUACAUACAAAACGGCACAGUGCAAACCCAGAUGAUGUUCUUUCAGAAACGACACCAAGGACAGAUUCUGCUCAGGAAAGUGACUCUAGUCUGGAAUCAGAGGAUGAGAUGUCACUUCCCUCUCCAAUACGAGGUAGCUCUGAACAACGAAGAAAUGAGGCCAAUGCCCCAUACCCACUACCUAUGCCGGCCUACGGUGGAUAUUUUGCCCCACUGUCGGAGUAUCUGCCUGAUAGCCUUCAUCCCUCAGCAGGAUUCCACAGGAGCAAUAUAGCAAUCAUGGUUAUGUCAGAUCUGGUGUUGGAUGGCUUGGAGAUAGAUUGGUCUGCCCAUCUUCCAUUGAUGUUACAUGUUAUAUUUCUGGGUUUGGACCACAAUAAGGAGCUGGUGUAUGAACAUUGUAAGAAGUUACUGUUGAAUCUCAUGUUACUGGCAGCCAAUCAGGAUUGUCCUGAGGUUGCUAGGCUCUUGCUUAGUUACCAGACAAACCUUGACGAUACUCUACAACUUAUAAAUGAGAGUAAAGAUUCUACAACCUCUGAACACAAUAAUUCAAGUACAGAGGAGCCCCAUGAACCUCGUCCUAUUUUCCGAGUGGACAGUUCUACGACGUUGAUGCCAGGUACUCCGGGUACCCCACCCACUCCAGAACAACCAUCGACAGAGUCAGUAACAGAAUCAACAGAUCCAGAUACUCUGAACUCAGUUCUUGAUAUUGUUAAAGUGGUGCUAGAAAUUAUGAGUAAAAGGAGAGGUCGACCAUUAUGGUGCUAUGAGGAUAUCACUCCUAAAACACUUGUUACCCAGAGUGCUGAGCAACUUGAAAAUCUUCUCCGAUUUAUUGUGAAGUUCUUCAAAUACUUGUCACCACUAGCUCUGGUAGAACAACGCUGGUCACAGGUGGCCAUGCAGCUGGCCCUGUCGUGUUCAUCCAGGCAUUAUGCUGGAAGGUCAUUCCAGGUCCUGAGAGCUUUGCACAUAAGACCUUCAUCUCAGAUGCUGGCUGAUAUACUGUCUAGGUUGGUAGAGACAGUGGCAGAGCAAGGGGAAGAUAUGCAGGGCUAUGUGACAGAAAUAAUUCUCACCCUGGAGGCAGUAGUUGAUAAUGUUGACCUUGAGAUCCGACCUAUUGAUUUCAUGCGUGAUAUUUUUAUGUCCACACCAAAUUUGGCACAAAGCCAGGUUGGAGCAGAGUCAAGACGAGGCGUAUUGAUGGCCCCUAAACAACAGCCUUAUCAACAGCAACAUAUGCGCAGUAUUAGUUACGCUGUACAAGGAGUGGCUAGUAAAGUAUCGGGCAUUACAGAUGCUAGAAACAGAAGUGGUACAGACUUGGAAAUGCGACUUAAAUCAAACGUGCCCAGAUCUCGUAGUGAAAAAACAUUGAAGAAUUCUGAGCAAGGUAUGGAGGACAAACUGACAAUCAUGACACAGAUGUUCUGGAUUGCUGUGUCACUCCUAGAAUCUGAUUAUGAGUACGAGUUCUUGUUGGCAACAAAACUAUUAGACAAAAUCUUACAGCAUUUACAGCCAGACAGACCAGACUGUAGAGAGAAACUGGAAAAAAUUCAGCAACAAAUUAAAUGGACCAACUUCCCUGGUGUACAAACACUGCUCUUAAAGGGUUGUACAUCACAAAUAACAGCAGAAUGUACAUGGCAGCUACUGACAAGGUUGACAGUGUGUAUUAAUUCUUCUGUCGUAGACCCUACUGGAAGUCAUGGUUUCCCAAUGAAUGUGAUAGCUCUGUUGCCGUAUUUGGUACAUCAUUAUGAAAACCCUUCACAGCUGUGUAGAGAUUCUGCAGACCAUAUUUCACAGAUCUGUGCACAGAAGUCCGAUAGGUUGAAUAAUCUAGGCACAGUUAUGUCCCUAUACAGUAGAGGAACUUUUGGAAAAGAUAGUUUCCAGUGGACCAAGUGUGUGGUGAAAUAUCUGCAUGAUGUUUAUGUGCAGGCCAGUGUAUCUAUGGUCUCUUUUCUGGUGGAGGUAUUGGAGAAGGGACCUCACAGUUACCAGCUUGCGGUAUUACAGAUUUUACAUUGUAUGGUACAUUACAUCGAUUUAAAUACUCAGCCAUCUGUUGUUCUAAACCAGGAAUUGUUCUAUACAGUCUCAAAACACGUUCAGGGUCCACAUUGGAAAGAAGCAAUCAAGAUCUUAAAACUGGCAGUGGCGAGAUCUUCCACUCUGACUGCAGCAGCUUCCAGUACUUCAGAACAGACCUAUGCUCUACAUAGAUCCCUGGCUGAAAUCGACGUAUUGCAUAAAAAGGAGUUGCCAGGAAGGACCCUGGAUUUCAGUGUGGAUCUUUCAAGCACUUCUAUCAUUGGUCGAAAAUAUUUAAAUCAAGAAUUGCAUGGUACCCCUCACAGUGACGCCACAACACCAAGUAACCAGUCCUCACUAAGUAGGAAGGGAUCCGGUAAUGAGGCUGAUACCUGCUGGAAGAAACCCCAAAACUCACAGGCUAGAACAAGAGAAAGAUUGACAGAACUGCUGGCUUGUUAUGGUCAGAAAAGGUUACCAAAGAGUCCAUCUGAACUCUCCCUAAUGAAGGUUAUAUUUAGCCAAUCAAGUGAUACCCUGGAUCAUCAGCAGAGUAUUGCGUCUAGUGGCGAGGAUUCAAUACCUGACAUUGCUCAGUCCUCUGAUGGUAUAUACAGUGUAGACAGUAAUGGUCUGGACAUGGUGAAGAUGACAAUCAAGAACUUCGACUUUCUUGGGGAGUACGAGGCCGAGUAUGAUUACCAAACUAACUUGCAUGACAAUGAUUAUUUCACCUCAUUUGAUCAUAGCAGACGGCAGUCUCUCAAUGACUCACCGGACCCUGACCAUUCACGACACAGGUCCUCGCAGUUUGGCAGCACGCCAGAUCUGAACCUGAUUGGCAAGUUGUCGCUGACUGAGAUCCCAGGUCAUGGUGUAUCAACAGAGAGUAUAAAUAUUGACAGAGAGACAUUGUCAGGAAGGGAGUCUGUUUCAUCGACACCUGAGGAGCCCCAUCAUAGAAGUGUAACACCAUGUGCAAGCAGUGUAAUUGUUAUACAGAAUCCUGGACUGAUGGAGGAACAAGAAAAUAGUCCCUUAACUGAAUCUGUACACAGUGUUGACAGUAUCUGCAGUGAUGAUCCAGACUUGGUUGACCUUGGAGCUAGUGCUUCCUCAGUAACAUUCCCAAACUUUCUCAUCAGUUAUGUGUACUUGAUGAACCAAGGUGAGGAGGUGGAUGAAAUGUGGAAACAACAUGUGUCAAAGGUCAUCUCCGAGUCAUCUGUUACCAAUACAGUCUAUACGUCACAGAUCUUUCCCAGGCUGUACAGAGAGCUUAGGAGAAGACUUGCAACAUUAACAAAAGAUGCAGUGUAUUACAUUUCCAAAACAGAGGGACUGAAAAACAUUGGUGCACAGCUGUUGCAGACACUGGAUACAAUGUUCACACAUCUAGAAUGUCCUUAUUUUUUCAUUGAAACUGAUGUGUUGGUUGGAAGUAGAGUGGUUGAUAGGCACAAGUACUGCUUGUUAGAGAUGCAGGAAUGUUUUGAGACCUACUGUACAACGAAGGACCAAGCUGAACAGAGUUUGGAGGAAAUCAAAGUUUCUAUCAAACAACAGUCUCUAGGUGAUGGUGGAAGCUUUCCAAUAAAGUGUAGUGAUGAACAGAAAUUGGACCUUUGUCAGAAGCUGUAUAAGCUAAUCUUUCAGCUUGUUAUGUUGUUUGAAAGUUUCAUUAAACUUUUAGACUGUUUCAAGCUUGUUCAGACAGCUUCUCAGGUGAAUGACAUUUCUGGACAAGUGGAGAACAUUAAAGGGGAAGUAACUGCAGCAAUGUCUGAGCUAGAAAAUGGCCAGGCAUCACCAUUGAAUGUUGACUCACCAAAGACAAUCACAAAACAAGAUGCAUUCUCCAGUCUUUCUGAGUAUAUCAAAAGCCAGCAAUACCAGAAAGCUGUACAGCUAGUCAGGUCUUUCAGAACAAUGUGGCCAGGUGACAUGUUUGGACAAACACAAGACGAUGAUGUGGUAACCUUGCUCAAUGUGUUCUGUAUAGAAAUGGCAGAAAAGAAAACAGGUGUAUUUGUAUUGACAAAGGUUGAGUUCGAUAUUGGUUUGUUAUACAGCCAGUUAUUGGACAUUAAUCAACAGAUUAGGAACUGGACUAUACCUUCUCCACAACAAUCAUGUGCAGAAAGUAAUGAACUUGAUCUGUUGGACUCCAGUACAUUGUAAUAGAUUGAAAAAUGUGAAUCUGACAGUAAUUUAUUGGACCCCAGUACAUUAUAGUGGGAUGAAAAACAAAAACAUUAUAGUGGGGUGAAUAAAGUAAACCUGACGGUAAUUUACUGGACUCUAGUACAUUAUAGUAGAGGGAAUAAUUUGAACCUGACAGUAAUUGGACUCCAGUACAUCUUAAAAGAGUGGUCAUUGUGAACCUGACAGUAAUUUGUUGGAUUCCAGUAUGUUUUAUUAGAGCAAAUAAUGUGAACUAGACAGCAAUCUGAAGGAUACCAAUAUAUUGUAAUAGAGUAAAUAAUGCCACUUAGACAGUUAUUUGUUGGAUUCAAGUGAAUUAAUGUAACAAGAAUAAAAAUGCCAUUUUGAUAGUGGUUUUGAACAGCAUAUUGGGAGGAAAUAUUGCAAUUUGUAUGGUCUAUUUGAACUUAACACUCUGAGAAAAGUUGUUUAUCUGACUUUAACACAGUAAAUUUGGAGGGAAUUUUAAAACUGACAAAAGUAUUGUGAACUUGACAGUAGAUUUUAAGGGUACAUGAUCAAUGGUUUUGACAGUGUAAUUGGCAGAAAAUGUUGAAUAUCACACAAAAUAUUUGAACAAGAUGAUUGAUUGAUUGUGUAUCACAUGAAUAAUAUGAAUUAAAUAGAAAAUUAGAAGGAACACAUAUUGCUGUGACCUUGACCAUAGAUUUAGAGGAAAAUACUGUACAUACUACAUUUCUAAAGGUCAAAUACAAGAUAUUUGAUCAUUUUUGUGGCUUAAAAGGGCCCAAAGUCUACAUGCUUAGGCAGAAAAUAGCAGUGUAUACUGUACUGUCUGAUGGUAGUGUUGUGUAAGAGCAAAAGCCUGAUCUCCUGGAAUUUCCUUACUUGUAGAUCUAUCACCUGCACAGUACAUACAGUAGUUGAUCUUGAUAGUAGGUUUUGAGGAAACUAGAGAAGUAUAGUUAGGUGUUGAACAGCAAAAGAAUAAAAACUGUCAAAGAUAAACAGUUGUCAGGUAAUGGUGUAAUAGCCAAUGAAAGUACUAUGUGUAUAUCACUGCGGAAAAAGCAGUCUGGAAUCAGUCUAUUCAAGCAAAACAUUUUCAAACAGCCUUUUAUUUUGCACAGACUGGUUUACAAAUGUGUCCACUUGUAACAUUAGAGCUGUCACAUUUUCACUGUUUAUAGCACAAAAUCAGGGUACCAAUAUCAAGUAUAACUAAUAAGCCCUCACAGGACAGGCUUAUAUUUCAGAAAUAUGUUUUGAUACAGAUUUCAUAGAAAACAAAGUCAUGCCAGUUUUUUGUGUAAGAAGUGCCAAAAGUGUAUUGUUUGUUCUUGUUACUUCUGUUACAAAGGUUGUAGUAUCUGUUAGUGAAAUCAUGUGGUGUUUGUUUGUUUGUAAAAUAUAUUUUAGAGAAGACUCCUGGUCAGUGUUUUUAGAUGCAGAAUUUUGUUGUUUGACAAGAGUAAUUCAAGGGAUAUGUAAUAUCUCUAAUUAUACUCUUGUCAAAUUCCUGUAGAAUAAGAUAUUUUCACAAUUUUUUUUACAGACUGGUCCCAUUCGUGAAAAUAAAUAUAUGUGAAAGUGGCUUUGUUAUAAAUUGUCUUGUGUGUUUCACAAAUUUGUGAAUAUUCUGCCAUGCAUACUAAUGCCAGUAUUUGAAGUAGUGAACUUUUAGCAUUACACAAUUGUCUGAUUUUAAAGUAGUAAAAGCUGCUUAAAUUAUUCUUUAAGAUUUAUAUAAUAUACAGUUUUGUAAAGCUGAAGUAUUUGCUGGCAGUAUUACAUGAGAUUUAUGUUUGUGAUUUUCUUUUUGCUUUCCUUUGUGGGGUCCGUAGUGAUUAGUCCUGUUUGCAUAAGAAAUGCAUCCAUUUAUGUGAAGGUUAGAAUUAGUGAAAACAUGCAUCUUACAUUGAUGUUACUUAUUGUUACCAUUGGGAAAUAUUCCAUUCUUUCUAUAUUUUUAAACAAGUGGUACUAGAAGAAAAGUUCUGUGUCUUGUAGAUUUUGAAUCAUUAUAUAGUAAAGCUCUGUUGAUCUACAUUUGGGCAUAAAUUUGUUGUUAUGUUUUCAUGUACAUUACUGUGCAUAUUUAUGGCUAUAUUUGUUUUAUAAUAUCAUUUUAACCUUUAGCCUGCUAGCGGCAAGUAAUUCUGCCUUUGCGGCCAGUGCAGACCAAGAUCAGUCUGCACGUCCAUGCAGGCUGAUCAUGGUCUGCACUGUUAGCUAUUCAGUCAAUAAUUUUUCAGUAAACUUCCCUUUGAAUAAUAAGCGGUACUGCUCAAACUGAAUGAUGAACCAGUCCAUCUUAGAAAUUUAGAAGGCUAAAGGUUAACACUUUUGUAAUAAGUAUAAAGCUAGUUAUUAAUUUAUAUAUUUUUGUAAAUAUUACAUAUUGAUGUUGAAAUCCCUGAACUUCAUAUUAUCAGUUUUUCUUAUAUGGAAAACAUGAAGUCUUUGAUUGAUUUUCCUAUUUGUGACAAACAUUCUCCACUAUUAAAACCACUGUUAUGUAAUUACCAAGUUUACCAGCUGUUUACAAAAUUUUAUACAUUUGUUUUAGCUUAUAGUUCUACAAAAAAACUUGCGCACUUACUAAUAUUGCGCAUUUGAAAAAUUAUACUAAAGAAAUAUAUUGGCAAAACUAAUUUGGCAGAACUUAUAUAAACUUAUGUUCAGAAUUUCUAAAUUGUUUACUGUCUACUUACACCUUGUCCUGUUUCUAGUCAUUUAUUUCACCUCUUAUUAUUACCCCUUGUCUCCUAACGACUGUGUGAAUGGAUUGGAACUUCACACAUUUAUUCACUGUGAUAAACUGACUCACAUUGCAUAGGUUACAUAACUAUUUUGCCUUUUAACUCAUCUGAUUUUUUGAAAAAAACAAAUGAUGAGUUAUUGUCAUCACUUGAUUUGUGUUGGCGUCGGUGUAGGCGUUGCCUGGUUAAAUUUUAUGUUUAGGUCAAUUUUUCUCCUGAACUAUCAAAGGUAUUGCUUUGAAACUUGCAACAGUUGUUCACCAUCAAUAGCUGACCCUGUACAGCAAGAAACAUAACUCCAUCCUGCUUUUUGCAAGAACUAUGGCCCUUUUUGGACUUAGAAAAUAUCAGAUUUCUUGGUUAAGUUUUAUGUUUAGGUCAAUUUUUCUCCUAAACUAUCAAAGCUGUUGCUUUGAAACUUGCAACAGUUGUUCACCAUCAUAAGCUGACCCUGUACAUUAAGAAACGUAACUCUGUCCUGCUUUUUGCAAGAAUUAUUGCCCCUUUUGGACUUAGAAAAUCAGAUUUCUUGGUUAAAUUUUAUGUUUAGGUCAGCUUUUCUCAUAAACUAUCAAAGCUAUUGCUUUAAAACUUGCAACACUUGUUCACCAUCAUAAGCUGACCCUGUACAACAAGAAACAUAACUCUGUCCUGCUUUUUGCAAGAAUUAUGGCCCCUUUUGGACUUAGAAAAUCAGAUUUCUUGGUUAAAUUUUAUGUUUAGGUCAAUUUUUCUCCUAAACUAUCAAAGGUAUUGCUUUGAAACUUGCAACAGUUGUUCACCAUCAAUAGCUGACCCUGUACAGCAAGAAACAUAACUCCAUCCUGCUUUUUGCAAGAACUAUGGCCCUUUUUGGACUUAGAAAAUAUCAGAUUUCUUGGUUAAGUUUUAUGUUUAGGUCAAUUUUUCUCCUAAACUAUCAAAGCUGUUGCUUUGAAACUUGCAACAGUUGUUCACCAUCAUAAGCUGACCCUGUACAUUAAGAAACGUAACUCUGUCCUGCUUUUUGCAAGAAUUAUUGCCCCUUUUGGACUUAGAAAAUCAGAUUUCUUGGUUAAAUUUUAUGUUUAGGUCAGCUUUUCUCAUAAACUAUCAAAGCUAUUGCUUUAAAACUUGCAACACUUGUUCACCAUCAUAAGCUGACCCUGUACAACAAGAAACAUAACUCUGUCCUGCUUUUUGCAAGAAUUAUGGCCCCUUUUGGACUUAGAAAAUAUCAGAUUUAUUGGUUAAGUUUUAUGUUUAGGUAAACUUUUCUCCUAAACUAUCAAAGCUAUUGCUUUGAAACUUGCAAUUGUUGUUCACCAUCAUAAGCUGACUCUGUACAUUAAGAAACAUAACUCCAUCUUGCUUUUUGCAAGAAUUAUGGCCCUUUUUGGACUUAGAAACUCAUGGGUAGGACAAUUUUUCUAUUAUACAAAAAAAUCAGAUGAGCGUCAGCACCCGCAAGGUGCUCUUGUUUACAAAAUAUAGCCCCUUUUUCGACUUAGAAAUUUUUAUUAAGUUUUUGUAUUAAAGUUGGUAUCUCAGUACCCACUAAUGGGUUGAAACUUCACACACUUGUUCACUGUGAUGAUUUGACAUGCUCUUCACAAGUUCCAUAACUCUACUUUGCAUUUUUACAAAAUUAUGCCCCUUUGUCAACUUAGCUGUUUUUAGUUAAGUUUUUGUAAGUAAGCUGGUAUCUCAGUACCUACUGAUGGGAAUGGAUUGUCCACUGUCAUGAGCUGAUAUGCAUUGUACAAGGUCUAUAACCCUGUUUUGCAUUUUUACAAAAUUAUGCCCCUUUUUCGAUUUUGAUGUUCAUUCAAGAGACCAGGCUGUUGAAUAGUCGAACGUUGCUGUCCUCUGACAGCUCUUGUUACUUCUCAUUGUUUACAUCUAACUCUCAUUGACCAUCUACAUGCAGCUAUUGUACUGUUUGUUUCCAUUAGUUUGCUCACUUUUGUUUUUAAAGACUGUAAAAAAUUCAUGAACAUUUCAUAUUCAGUGUGUGGUGUUCAGAAAAUAGUAUUUACCAGUACAUAUACUGUUUUGAAUUGUAAUAUAUUCUUAUUUAUAGAAUAAAUUUUUUACAAAACCA